CUAUUAGACCUUUAGGAGUAGUUAAGAAAACGAUGAAUAUUUCUACUGCAAUGGGAACUGCUCAAAGCAUAAUUGCAGCACUUUUUGUCAUCAUCUUGGUAUAUAAAGCAUGGAAAGUAUUGAAGUGGAUAUGGAUUAGCCCAAAGAAACUGGAGAAGUGCCUCAGAAAACAAGGCCUCAAGGGAAAUUCUUACAGGAUAUUUUAUGGAGACAUUAAAGAAGUGUCUAAAAGUCUCAAGGAUGCCAAUUCCAAGCUCAUCAAUCUAUCAGAUGAUGUAGCCCCAAGAAUCAUUCCUUACUAUCUUGAAGUCAUAAAAAAAUAUGGUAAAAGAUGUUUUCUUUGGCAAGGACCAGAUCCGAAAAUAUUAAUAACAGAACCAGAAUUAAUAAAGGAGAUAUUUUCUAAAAAUUAUAUUUAUCAGAAGCCUCAUAGCCCAAAUCCGUUGACCAGGCUGUUGACUCGAGGCAUUGUAUCCCUUGAGGAGCAAAAAUGGACAAAGCACAGAAAGAUAUUAAAUCCUGCCUUUCAUAUGGAGAAGUUAAAGCAUAUGCUGCCAGCUUUUUACUUGAGCUGUAGUGAAAUGCUAAACAAAUGGGAGGAGAUUAUCCCAGUAAAAGGAUCAAAUGAAUUGGAUGUUUGGCCUCAUAUUCAAAGAAUGACUAGUGAUGUGAUUUCUCGCACUGCCUUUGGUAGUAGCUACGAAGAAGGAAGAAGAAUAUUUGAACUUCAAGAAGAACAAGCUGAGUAUUUGAUGAAUUUCUUCAAUUCAGUUUAUUUCCCGGGAUCCAGAUAUUUGCCAACUAAAAUGAAUAAAAGAAUGAAAGAAUGUGAAAAGGAAGUUCGAGAAACAAUUACACGACUAAUUGACAAUAGACUAAAAGCAAAAGAAGCUGGAAAGCCCCUCAAUGAUGACCUAUUGGGUACAUUAUUGGAGUCAAAUUCUAAAGAAGUUGAAGAACAUGGUAACAAAAAAUUUGGAAUGAGUAUUCCUGAAGUAAUUGAAGAGUGCAAAUUAUUCUAUUUUGCUGGUCAAGAGACCACAGCAGUGUUGCUUGUGUGGACAAUGAUUUUGUUAGGGAGAAAUCCAGAGUGGCAAGAACGUGCUAGGGAGGAAGUUUUUCAAGCAUUUGGAAAAAAUAAACCAACUUUUGAUGAAUUAUAUCGCCUGAAAAUUGUGACGAUGAUUUUGUACGAGUCAUUAAGACUAUAUCCACCCAUAUCAACUCGUACUCGAAGGACAAAUGAAGAAACUAAAUUAGGAGAACUUGACUUACCCAAGGGAGCAUUGCUCUUUAUACCGACAAUCUUAUUGCAUCAUGACAAGGAAAUUUGGGGCGAAGACGCAAAGGAGUUCAAUCCAGAGAGAUUUAGUGAAGGGGUGUUGAAAGCAACGAAGGGCCAAAUGACAUAUUUUCCAUUUGGUGCCGGACCCCGAAUAUGCAUUGGACAAAAUUUCGCGAUUUUGGAAGCAAAAAUGGCAAUAGCUAUGGUUCUACAACGCUUCUAUUUUGAGUUAUCUCCAUCUUAUACACAUGCUCCGCACUCUAUGAUAACUUUAAAACCAAAGUAUGGUGCUCCCCUGAAAUUGUAUAGGUUGUACCAGGAGUGUUAAAUGGACGGGUUGGACUGAACUUGAAUGGGUCAAAAUGAGCUGAGGCCCUGUAGUUUUGGUGACUCCUGUGAGAAUAAUAUGCUAUCUAAGAACAUUGCUGUCUAUAAUUGAAUGGCUUUUUUUUCGUCAUGAAUAAACCUUGUAUCUUUCCUA